AUGGAUACCAUUCACACCAACAUCAGCUCUCCGCACCUCUUACCAGUUUCAACCCCUGACCCCAAAAACUGCAGUUCCUGGGACCAGCGCUGGGGCGGACCUUAUUUGCACAGGUUAGCUCACCUGGAUGUACAGCUGUACCAAGACUUCUAUGCUGUGUGGGUCUCUCUCAUGGUAAGACAAAGUACAUUUUCAGUAGCCGUCUAUUGAUUAGUUUUUAUAAUUUAAAGGGAUUGUAGGUUAAAGUGAAGAACUACAAACCCCUGACUCAGUUUAAAUGUUUAUGACUCGGCGAAUAAUCACAUGGAUGACGCUCUAUGUCUCUGCGCUGCAGGUGUGUAACUCUCUCAUGCUGGUGGUUGGAGUGGUCCUCAACAGUCUGGCUCUCUACAUCUUCUGUGGGGCCUCUACUCAUUCCUCUGCCUCCGUGGUUUACACCAUAAACCUGGCAGUAGCUGACCUGCUGGUGGCGCUGUCGUUGCCUGCUCGUAUUGCUCUGUACCACAGUGGAGGCACCUGUGUGGCCUGUUCCUAUGUUCACACCUUCAGCUAUUUUGUCAAUAUGUACUGCAGUAUAUUAUUUCUAACAAGGUGGGUGGUCAGCCUGAUGAAUACAUUAAUCUGAAGGUAAAGUUAAAACUUCGCUGAACUUUUUUCUUUCUUCCUACAGUAUCUGUGUAGAUCGUUACCUCGCUGUUGUCCAUGCGUCCAGUACUCUGCAUCGAUGCAGGACCAUAGGUACAGCCAAAUGUGUCAGCGCCACAGUUUGGUUCAUCGCAGUUGUGGUCACCUACUCUUUCCAGGUAAAAACACACACACAAUGCAAACACAAUAUAAACAGAUAGAUUUAAAAAUGCUGACAAAAACACACCACAGUUACAAAUAAAACACCAAAGUGCUCGAAGGGAUAUUAAGGCUUAAAAUUAAGUUAGGGUAACUCAGUAUGUUUGGAUUCUCUCCUCUUUUCUUCAGACCACCGCAUUAGGGUUCAGCUCCUCCUGUGUGCUCCUCCCUGCCCUCUUCUACCUCACCAUCCUCGAGUUCCUCCUCCCUCUGUUGGCCGUCGUGGGCUUCACUCUGCGUGUUGCCUGUUUCCUCUCCUCCAGCCACGGCCUGAUGCCCCAGCAGAGCCGGGCGAGGAGGGCACGGGCUGUCAGGCUGCUGGCCGCUGUCCUGGUGGUCUUCACAAUCUGCUUCACACCUUUCCAUAUCAGGCAGGUGUUGGUUUACUUCAGGGUCAAAGUCAAAGGCGAGGAGGGGGUGGGGCAGGGGGCGGGGCAUGUACUUGCCUAUCACAUCACGGUCACUCUGAGCAGUUUAAACAGCUGCCUGGAUCCAGUGGUUUACUGCUUUGUGACUGACAGUUUCAAAAGAGUGUGGAGAUCGAGGAGGUGGGGGGUGAGGGAGGGAGACGGGGAGGUGGGACUCACAAGCGUGGGGGAAGUAGAGAGACAUUCAAAGAACGGUACAGCACUGGCCAUAGCUCACAGUGUGGCCACGUUCACCCUCACCAGCACACCCCUCUCUGCAGCCCACGUGGGACAGUCUUCUUAA